GGAAACACGAGGUCCACAGUGGGUCCCCCAUUAGACUCAGUAGGCGUUACCACAGUUACAAUAUCUUGACACAAUUACUUAUAAAAACUAGAUACAUUCUGAAUUCCCUAACACAGGAACGAAAUUGUCUAGUGAGUCUAGUGAGUUAUGUGGACACCACUAGUGAUCUUUCUGUUUCUGUGGUUGCUAAUUAAUGUAAGACUACACACGCUCAACCUGUUUUAGUUCAUCUGUUACCGGGGUCAUUAACUGAAAUAACAUUUAUUGGUUUAAUAUAAUGAUUACAUCUUCGAGUACACCCAUACUUCAAUAUUAAACAAAGACGAAUGUGAAAUUCUUGUAGGUGCACAAGAUACAGAGGAAUGGUUUUAUUGUCUAUUUCCAAAAAGUCAGUACAAUCUCUGUCCCUGAUGACGUGUGACAUUUUUUUAUAGCAGAAAUCUGUUAAAUCCAGAUUUCUUAUACCAAAGAAUCAGUUGAAUUAAAGAAUCAAAGAGAUUGUGUCCACUUGGUAACCUACAACAGAGGAAGAUGAUGGCGAUGAUGUCGGAGACCAACAGUUUGUCUAACAUAACGAACACGUCAACAAACACAUGUCUGAACACAUGUCCAAACACAUGUCUGAACACAUCGUUUGUUUUCAGUCAAGAAAUAGCGACAGCUAAUGCAAACAUCCUGAUUGCGGUUCGUUUCAUCACCAGUGUGGGAGUGGCCGGAAACCUUGUGGUCUUCGUCACGAUCUGCAAGAUGAAGACAUCCAGCUCAGCUUCCUUCUUGGUGGCCUUCUUGGCCGUUUGCGACGCCCUGGCCCUGAUGACCAAGUGCGCCACCUACGAGCUGAACCUGGAAAACGGCCCCAUGUUCUGUAAGCUAGGCAUGGUGCCCAUGAGCAUGUCCACGGCGAUCACAAACUGGACCUUGGUGCUCAUCUGCGUGGAACGUUUCAUCGCCGUCCACUACCCAUUACAGAAGAGGUACCUCCUCACCAAGACGCGAAUGAAAGCCGCGGUGCUUGUCGUGACGGUUCUCCUGGCUGUAGCCCUCAGUGCCUUGAGCUUGACAUUUCGAGACUACGACGCCCAGAAAUGUUCAUGCGUUGUGAGGACCAUCAUUAUCUUUCAUUUGAUGUCAGACGGCCUUGACAUUUUCAUCCCGUUCGUUCUGAUCACAGUUUUAACCAUCGCCGUCAUCAGAAAGAUUUACAGGGAGAAAACGAAUCGAGCGUCCACUCUGAGGGAAGGGAGCGUUCCCAACGAGGCUGGAACCUUCCUUCCGUCGUACAAACCUCCGCAGCCAAAUAUCGAAAAGACAAUGAGUGUAUUAAUGAUCAUAGCAGUGGCUUUGUACUUCAUCCUGAACGCUCCCCUGUCUGUGUACGUGUUCCUAAUAGCCCCAUUUAUUAGAGAAAACACUUUCUACGCAUCAAUGCUACUGUAUGUUUUCAAAGAUGUCUCUCACGCGCUGAAUAUGUUUCUGUAUUUCUUUUUAUGCAGGGGAUUUAGAAGAGCGUUGGUUGAGCUUUUAAAAUGUCAACAACAAACUUGAGUUUUAAAGACACAUCAAAAGAUUUGAUUGGAUGUUAGCAGUGCGCUUUCAAUGUGUUAUCCACCUGUUCCCGGUGUGUUAUUACUGUGUUAGAGAAUUAAAUAAAAUUUUUAUUAUUUAAAUGACAAUCGGUGUUAUGCUAAAUAUUAUCAUCAAAACAAUCAGGUAAUGUUGUAAUUCUUAAUUCAU